CACUCGACUUAGACAGUCAGACACACGGGAGACUCUUGGGGUCAGAGGGGCUCCGUGGUGGCAGCGUGCCGGCGUGCCAGACUCACGACGAUCACGUUUGUGCCCGGCUCACCUGCAGACCCGCCCUCGUGUAGUGUGACCAUUCGCCGGGUGGGCGUAAACACGAGGAGACGGCUUCGUCGCUCUGUGUGUCAUUGCACAAACAAAGGAGUGCAGUUUGCCUUUUCCUGAACCGACGGAUACGUGUGUUGUGAUUAGGAAGUGAGGUGUUGUGUGUAUGCUUGCUUUAUUUGGAAAAUUUUCAUUCUCUCAGUGAAUACUAAUUAACGUUCUUAGUUACAGUGCAUAAAACUCGUCAAUAAUACAUACAAUUAUAAAAAAACAGUGACUUGUUACAAGCCUAACUUUGUACGCUGGCAAAUAAAAGAGAGAGAAAAAAAGGUUCGAACUCCACUCCAUCAGUGCAUCGCCAGGGGCCGUGCUCCGCCAGGCCUCGCUAGAAUGACUUGGACAGACUUUGUGGAAUGGCUGGAUCAAAACAAAGUCGUGCUUAUUGCCGUCACCUGUACAGUGGUGGGUGUCAGUGGGUGUCUGGUGGGACUCCGGGUGUGGCUGCAGGGGCCCAAGUGCAAGAGCAAGGCACGGCUGGACGGCAAGACUGUCAUCAUCACCGGAAGCAACACUGGCAUCGGCAAAGAGACGGCUCGGGACCUUUCGCGCAGGGGGGCGCGUCUGGUGAUGCUGUGCCGCGACCUUCAGAAAGCCAGAGUCGCGGCGGAGGAGAUCCACCAGGAGACUGGCAACAUUGUGGUCGUCCACCAUCUGGACCUUGCCUCCCUGCAGUCCAUCCGCAACACCGCAGAGACCCUCAGAGACACGGAGCCCAACGUGCACAUUCUCAUUAAUAACGCAGGAGUGAUGAUGUGCCCGCGUUGGGAGACCAAGGAUGGCUUUGAGAUGCAGCUGGGCACCAAUCACCUGGGCCACUUCCUGCUGACGAUGUUGCUCCUGGACCGGCUCAAGGCUUCUGCUCCCUCCAGGAUCGUCAAUGUCUCCUCCAUCGCCCACACCCAGGGCAGGAUGCACUGGGAAGACCUUCACUUCAAAGAAAGCUACGACGCCAAGGAUUCCUACUGCCAGAGCAAGUUGGCCAACCUGCUGUUCACUCGAGAGCUGGCCAAGAGGCUACAAGGCACCAAUGUGACGACCUACGCUCUGCACCCCGGGGUCGUGCAGACUGAGUUAGGCAGACACAUUCACCAGUCUGUCAACGGGUUCAUCCACUGGGCCUUCCACUUCUUCGGUAACUUUUUCUUCAAGACGGUGACGCGUGGAGCACAAACCACAAUCUACUGCGCCGUGGAUGAGCCUCUCGCGAACCAGACGGGGAAGUAUUACAGUGACUGUGCCGAGAAGCAGCCCCAUCCGCUGGCCCUGUGUGAUGAGGACGCGCGGCGGCUCUGGGACCUCAGCGUGCAAUUGGUGGGCCUCGAAGUGUGAGCCGCCCCUUGCCAACGACAUAACUAAUUAAUACACCAGCCCUCGCUUAUGCUGAAAAUCCGAUUUCUAUAUAAAGAGGAUGACUGAAGGCAGCUUUAGUCAAUCAUUACCUAUACCACAGGCCAUGACUUUCCAGGGCUUGAGAGUCCAGACUGGAGCCAAAGUUUCUACAUUUUCCACACGAGUGUCUAUAAUAGUAGUGAUCCCUGUAGGGCCGAGAGGAAACACGGACACCCUCUUUUGAUUCAUUGUGGAUAUAAUUAGACGUCGGUAUUCUCAGAUGCUUUCACCUCUCGCAUUAACUACUUCCCAAGGCCGAAAAGGAGACUAAUCAAGCUCUCAUGAGUGUUAUAUUCCCGCUCAUGGUACAGAAGCCUUGUGAAGCUAUCACCAGGGCCACGAAAUUAUUCAUUAAUAAGCCUCAUCCCACGAAAGCCUUGUCAAAUGUGUGUAGCCUACUGAUCGAGUCACCGAAAUGUUUAAGGAUGUGGCUCUAAGACUCUACCACUGAGACUGCUUUGAACUAUGGCCUUUAACUUACCUAAAGUACGAAGUGUCAUCACCAAGCCGCCCUCACACCCCGCCUCCACGGUGUUGUAGGAAUUAGCUCGCAUCCGAAAAAUAGCUCGCAGAGAGAGGUCUUUAACUUGCUUACAUUUUUUUUAUAUACUUCACUUACUGCUAUCGUUUACUUCUCCUGUUUCGGCUCCAAUACGUGGCACAAACAUCAGAGCAACACUUUUAAUUAAGAAAGGCUUUAUAAUAAACGAAUAGGGCAGAUUUUAGAAAGAAUUACCCCACGUUGAUGUUCACUCAGUUCUUGCUUGUUUUGUCUGUUGGUCUGGUGUGUUGUUUUCUUGCGGGCAAUAUCAAUCAUUACAAAAACCACAAGUGGACAGACUAGAUCAAAACCAGGUAAAUUAAUGGGUUUUCCAGUUGUAUAUUACCCAUGCAGUGUGCAUGCGUAGUGAACAGAAGAGCGACUUAUUUCUGGAAGGAGGUAUUUCUCGCAACACCGGCACGCGCAAGAACUCUAUCUUGGAGGACUUUAUAGUCUAUCGACUCAACUAAGGCGCGGUUCCCACUAUUCUGUUUUCACGGAUCCGUCGACCGUCAGUGACGUCAUCGACGGAGAGGAGUACAGUGGGAACCGGGGCACGCCCGGGUCCGCGCGCGGAGCUCCGUCGGCCCGUCCAGAGAUGAAUCCAUGAAAAUAUGAAAUGAAAGUACUUAGAUACAAAAUAAGAUAUACAUACAUUUCAAUAUAAAAAUAAUUUAGAUACAUUUGCAUUAUGUACAUCUAUUUCGUUUGGCGAUAAAUAUCUUUUGUUGAGAACUGGAAGUGUGGCAACAAUUAACGCAGACCGCCGCACCAACACACCCACCUGAAGCUCAUGUGUUCGCCUACCCAGUUGAGUUCACAACUUCACACUGCCCAGCUAUAACCACGUCCAGACACCAAUAGCCUUCCAGACUAGUCUAUAUCAGGUAUGUUACUACAUUUCAUAUAGGAUUCCUGGUAUUAGUAAUUGAUAAACCUAAGGACUGUGUAUGCAUAAUAUUCAUUUGAGGCCCGUAUACUAAUGUUUAUCAACAAGUUUUUAUUAAGCUAGCUAGCUGGCCUCUAUUCUUCUCCAGCAGCAAGCAGAGCGACAGCAAUCAAUAAGUCGUUGGAAAAAAAAAAAAAAAAAUAUAUAUAUAUAUAUAUAUAUAUAUAUAUAUAUAUAUAUAUAUAUAUAUAUAUAUAUAUAUAUAUUCAUAAUACGACUGCAUGGUGUUAUGAAUGGCUUGAGAUUUGAGGGAAAGACAACGACUCUGUAAACCUUCCAUUUCACUUGGCAACGUGGCUCAUGAGACGGUGCCGUCUGAGGGACGUACCUUCGCAAAAGGCGCCAGGCCGCACCAUUCACCCUUCCGCCACCACGGAAUUCUCACGUAGGUCUCACUCUCGCGUCCUGCACAGCCAAGUAAAAUAUAUUAUAUACAACGUAAAUAAGAGAGAGAGAGAGAGAGAGAGAGAGAGAGAGACAGUGGAAAGCCAGCACUCCUCGGGCGAGCAGCCGGGUGGCCCUUCUACGGAGGCGAGGUGGACCCGUGGAGUCAUCCUCGCUUAGGGCCACCCCUCCGUAGUCAAGUCGACCAGUCGGCUGCUCCCACGAGUCAGCUACGGGUGUCUGCUGGGCGCCUGCCCAGAGAGCCCGUGCCUCCGUCGCUGCUCGCCGGCUUUUACCCGUGGCUGUGGCGGCGGUGGAGGCCCUCCACCGCCGCCACAGCCUCCACUGGAGGCUUCCCCACACCCGCCGCACGCCAGUGGCGGGUUCCCCCCUGCGACGGGCCGUCGCUAGACAAAGGCCCGUUCCCCCUUUUUAGGGGGUAAAUCCUAAAAGAAGAAGAGAGAGAGAGAGAGGAGCGGGGCGGUAGCGAGCUCCUCUGAGGAGAGUGGUGGGGCGAUGCUGGGUUCACACAUUCACGAUUUGUGGUCCACGAUGGCCCCCCGGAGGGCAGGUGGUAAAACCGUGACCUCUGGUCUCGAUCUGACUGCCGGAUUACCCAUGUGGCGGGACUGGCGGCUGUACAACGGUGUAGUACAAGGGUAGUAUGCCGGAGCGAGAACAACGUUCCCGGAUCAAUCCCUAUCCCACCCCAGAGCCCUUCCGACCCACAGAAAAUGGCGGCGGCCACAGAAAAUGACAAUAUAUCACCACGGUUACAGCCGGUAACCCACGACCCACCCACGACGACCAGGAUGAAGUUACGGAGUUGCCUAGGUGCCUUCCCGGUGUUUCACGGACAUCGGCGCCUAACCGUUGUAGCAUCUUGGUAUUUCUGCCGAUGUUAUAAAAAGGGGGCGUUGCCUGGAACUGGCACCAGUGUGUGUGCGUGUGUGUGUUGAAGAACGAUUUACUACAAGUUUACUGUGCAGGUAGGACAUGAGCUGAAUUUUGGGUUGAAUUUUGCGGUCGCGGGGUGGGUUGUGGAUAUACUUUUUGUGGGCGUGGAGUGUGUGCAGGUGACAGAUGCUUUCAGAUUACGGGGCUGGCAGGAUCUUUGGACCUCAGGUCAGGUAGGGUCAGGUAGGCUACGUGUGAAGUGAACUUUGAGGGGAUGAAGAUUAAGGAAAGGGGAUUAUAUGACCUGAUAUGCUUCGGUGUUAAUUGAGGGGCAAGGCUAGUUAGGUCAUUAGUGGCAGCAAAUUGAUAAAGGCUGUAAUUAGCCAUGUGUAUGUGUGUGUGUGUGUGUGUGUGUGUGUGUGUGUCCAUCUCCACCACCUCAUCGAGGAGAGUGGUGGCGGCCUUCUUCCGUCCAUUUUCCUGGGGCUGAGUGACUACCUCUUGUGUCUGGGUAGCAGUACCUUCCUCCUGCAAGGGGGGACUGGGGCUACUCCGUAGCCAUUUCGGCUGCUGCAGUGGCUAACUCGAGCUCGUCGACCAGCAACACGUGCACGGAGGCGUCAGAGCGCUGGGCCAUGGUGAUGUGCGCACUGGCAGCGUUGCCACAGCUUUAUGAGGUCGGUAGGCGUCCGUAGCACACGUGAUCAGACCGUGGCUGAGCGGCGGAAAGCCGAGGUUACCCACCGGAAUGUCACGUUUAUUUCCUUUGCCACACUUCUUUUAAAUCGCAGUGUCCGCCACGUACACCCUCAGUUUAUUAUCUGAAUACAUUCCAUACGGUUUCUUGAGUUUCUAGUGGUGUUGAUUUGUUAAUAAAGAACAAUUUGUGGUUUUUUUAAGGUUGCCUGCUUCAUGGGUUGUGUAAACAGCUUUCUUUUAUUAUAGCAGGUGUUUUUUUAAUCAUAUCACAUAUUUUACUUACAGGGGUUAAAAAUGCAAUCGACACUCGUCCCAAUAGCCACUGAGUAAACGAGUUAAAUUAUAAUAAUAUGCCAGACAUCAGAGGACAUAUAGCACUAAAAUAAUAAAGUGAGGUAAAGGAAAAUGACACUACAAUAUAUGGGGAAAGGGGGUAAAGAGAGUUGUAUGAUAUAGCAAAGUGAAUUAAGAGGAUGAUGUGGGUUAGUCAAAGGCAGGGAAUCAUAGCGAAAAGUACGAGGAACAGCUAGUAGUUUCAAUAUCCAAACAUGCAUGUAGCGUAUUAAGAUGUACAAGAAUGAAAGCAGUUAUAAUGUGAAUUAAUAAAAUUGUAAUUAGGGAUCGUUAUGGACGUUUAAGCACAAGUCUUUUAGGGCACAAUUUAUAACUUGAGGUUUAUAGCUAAAGGUCAUGUUUAUGAAAGCGGAAUACACUGAGAUUCCAAUAGACACUGUACAUCGGAGAAGGCGGCGAAUCAGUGAAAUGUAAAAAUGGUGGGAAAAGCAGGGCCAGAGACAAGGGACACAAAAUUCAGAGCAGAGUAAAGAAGCAAGAGGGUUAUCAGAGUAGUAGGAUGAGGAAUGUUUGGCUGUGUGUGUACAAGCAUGGCAUGGGUGGUUUGGGGGUAAAGUUCAAAGCUGAAGGAGGAUGAGGUCAGGACUCAGAAUCCAAGAUAAAGUAAGGAUUGGCCAAUGACAGAGACAUGCAUCGAAUCUUCCUGGGCAUCACCACUCUCCCUUCCCUGGUGGGUAACACACUAGGUCCUUCACUCUGCUUCUUCAUCUUUUUGCUUCCCCACAAUCUCCUUGCCCUCUUUCUCCUCUCUCAUCACUUUCAUUUUCUCUUUCUCGGCCUCUCAGGUGUUUGGGGCUGCUGAACAGGUAGCAUAUAGGGUGUGCACUCCUCCCUCUCUACCUGUUAUGUCUUUUUGAUUAAGAGUAAGGAUCUAUCCCCAAAGUCCCUAUAUUCAGAAUAAUUUUAUUAUUAACUUUAAAGUAUCAGACACGGUAAGCCUGUUGGAAGAGAGGGGAAAGUUAUCUUUCAGCUCUUCAAGAUCCCAAUGAGGAGUAAAGAGAAUAGAAGGGUUUACUGUACUUGUGGCAUCAUAAGGUCAUUCAUGACCACUAACAGCUUGUCUUGUAUCAGAGAGGUAUCAGGCUAUAUGUGACCAUAGGCCUUUAUAUAUUUAGCUGCCUUAUUAUAUCCUUCUUUAUUAUGACUGGGAAUGUUUGUAUUUACUAUUAAAUAGUUUUAUACUCGGUUUCCUCAUAUCUGUUUUUUUCAUAUUGGCUAUGAUGAAAAUUAAAUUUCUUAUACAAGGACAGGCAAAUCAAUUGUUCAUUAUCCUAACUAAGAGUUGAGAAGAUGAAGCUUAAGCUUUUAUCUUUUUCUGCCUCUAACUCGGCAGAAUCAUGUAACUCGGCAUCAAAACUCAUUGAUCAAACUAUACAUCAUACAAAAAUAUUUAGUCAAGAACAAGCAUUUUCAUAAACUUAAUAGUGGCUGUGGAGCCGAGCAUUACAUUUCACUUUUAUGGAAGUAGCACCUAAAUUGUAUAAUUGAAGAUUAUGACGAUGAUGGUAAUGCUGAGCAGGAAUAUAAAUAAAAAAUUUCACUUGCUUUUAUGAAACCUGCCAAGCAAAUACUAACAAAACACUGGUUGAUUAACCUGGUUCAGUUAACAUAAUGCAAAAACUCAAUUACACAUCAUGCUGGGUCAUAAAAUACACAAACCAUAAUUUUCUGAUAAACCAUGUAUUUGUGUUGCAAUACCAGGUCCCCACCAACACCCUCAGGGGCACCAGGUAACAAUCUCACACCCCAGAAAGAGCAGCACAUGGGUACCAAAUGAAAUUAUAGCACAUGUGUGACAUAAAAGCAGUGCUGAUUAAAGGAAUAGGUCUGUAACAAAACUUAAUUGCACUCAAUAUACACGGGCUACAUCGACAUUACAACAGGCCCACAACCAGUAGUAGAGCAAACCACAACCCUGAGACCAAUACCCUGGUCUAUUGCAAGUUUUAUUUAUGAUUGUGCUGCUAUAGUUUACAAGGCAGCAACCUUAUAUUAGACAUUUCUCAAGGAAAUUUGAAAAAUAUUUUAGUGAAGCGAGUAAUGGGAAAACUCUGCAGCACCUCCACCUAAUUUUCUUGUAAGUAUUUUCCUAAACAUGUGCACCAAGUGAAAAUAUGUAAUAUUGGUUUCCUAUACCCUUCCAACUUACUUCAGUUGAUACCACAAUAUGCUACCAGCCCAAGGACAACCAUGCACACAGUUACACUAUUUUGGCUUCUUGCUGCACCAUAACAAAGCAAACUGUAAUCUUCACAUGAAUAUAAAGGUCUCAAAAAUACAGAAUAGACAAGUUAUACAAAAAGAAGCCCACAUGGAAUGGACUGAUAACAUCAUUAAUAUUCUACUGACCUACUGGAAUUAUCAUCCAUUUGUCAAAAUCUGCGGAA